AUGCAUAAAGUUCUUUCAGCUGCUGUUGAUUCUAAUCUGUUAUCGUCUGAAUCAUUUAUUGAUGAAUGCUGUCAAAAUAACUUGGAUUAUUCCACAACAUAUGAUCAAAAAAUCUAUGACUUUCGUGCUCCACCCUCUAAACAUCUGGCUGUUAUUUGUUGUAUGGAUGCACGACUAGACGUGUUUCGAAUGUUAGGUUUGAAACCGGGCGAAGCUCAUAUAAUACGAAAUGGUGGAGGACGAAUUCGAGAUGCUGUUCGCUCUCUAAUCUGUAGUCAAACAUUGUUACAAACCAAAGAAGUAAUGAUAAUUCAUCAUACUGAUUGUGGUUUUACAUAUUUUUCGUCAAAUGAACAAGUUCUUGCUGCAUUAAAGUUACAGCCCGGUACAAAUACUGGUGAAGUGUCGUUAUUCAAAACAUUAACGGGUCAAACAAAUCCCAAUGAUGUACCAGAUUUUCAACCAAUCAAAGAUCUAGAACAAAGUGUGAGAGAUGAUCUUUUAGAAUAUAAACAAUAUCCAAUGUUAAAUCAAAAUGUAACGGUUAGAGGAUUUCUUUAUGAUACGAAAACUGGUAUUUUGAAAGAGAUCAAAUAG